UAACACCAAUCAGUUCACAUUCCAACACAUCAAUCUUCGCAACAGAAGUCAAAAUAGCAAGCUCUGUUUAUAGCACCAAGCUUGCUACCAUUGAAACAAAGCUUUUUCACUGGGUGUCUUUAUUGCACAUACAAAGAACCAAAGGACACUCUCAUCCAUGGCAGAUCAUCAGAGAAUCUAUCCUAUGGAAGCCACAGAAGCACCGCCACCAUCACCACCCACGGUGCCACUGAUGCCACCUGGUUCAUCAACAUCAGAGAAGAGUGUUCCAGUGAUGGCCCAGCAUCACCCUACACCAAUACAACAUGCUAGGCCUGUAAUACACUCACCAAAACCAAAGAAAGGUUGUUUUUGUAAAUGCAUCUGCUGGACACUAGUCUUACUUAUCAUCCUCAUCGUCAUCUUGGGAGCAACUGCAGGAAUCAUCUACCUCGUCUUCAAACCAAAGCUUCCCAAUUACUCAGUAAACAGCCUAAGGAUAAGCGAUUUGAGGCUAAACUUUGACAUGACUCUGUAUGCAAAGUUUAAUGUGAAGAUUACAGCAGACAACCCAAACAAGAAGAUUGGAAUUUACUAUGAGAAAGGAGGGGGUUUGAGCGUGUGGUACUCAAACACUCAACUUUGUGAAGGAUCAUUACCUGAGUUUUACCAAGGCCAUAGGAACAAAACAGUACUUAAUGUGUCCUUGACUGGCCAAGUGCAAUCUGGAAGCACUUUAAUGGCGGCACUGCAAGAACAGCAGCAGACAGGACGUGUUCCUUUGGAGCUUAAGGUACACGCACCAGUAGCCAUUAAACUUGGGAGGUUGAAGCUAAGGAAGGUCAGGGUCUUGGGUGAAUGUAUGUUGACAGUGGAUAGCUUAUCUGCUAAUAAUCUGAUAAGCAUCAAGGCUAGCGACUGUAAAUUCAGAGUCAAACUUUAAGUUUUAUACACAAUGAUGAUGAGUUCUGCCCUUUUACCCUAUAGUGGCAGUCUCUCAUGUUGCCUUCUUUUUCUGAAUAAAUGUUGUCAUAGUAGGAGUUAAUCAUUUAAUUUUUUCCAGUUCAUCACUAGGAAAGGGAAAUUUGCAUGUGACAUGCUUGAGUUUAUUUCUCAAGUGACACUUUCCUAAACAUAAGAGCCAUGAGUUUUGAUUUCGAUCUUCAUCCCCUCCCCUCUUAUUUUUUCAACUUCCGAAAUC